CGUAGAUUAAAAUAAAAAACAACAAAUUGCGUCCAGGCACGUGGGGGCGGGGCCGAGCGAAGGGCUGGCUCUGCCUGUUAGGCUGCUGUUUAGUAGGUGGGGCGGGGUUAGGGUGGCUCAGUGCGUGCCGGCUGCUGCCUUGGACCGACCGGUGGCCGGCCUGCCGCUCUCCUUGGCUUGCCACGGCUCAGCGCAAUCCCGCCCCCGGUGAGCCGAGCCCCCGACGGCAUCGCCCUUGGCUCGGCAUUCCAACAGCAUCUACAGAGAGCUGUCCUGCCGCCUCUCGACAGAUCCUCUUGGGUCUGUACGACCCUCCCCGGGGCAGAGGCGACCUGGGAGCAAGAGGGCAAUCUACGCCGCAGAGAGGAGGAGGAGGAGGCGGUGUCGGCGACGACUAGGGUUGGCCGUGGGGCCGGCCAGCUGCUGUCCCGCUUGAGAAGUGCUGGGAAUCGAGGUGGUGCAGUGGGAGCAGAGAUAUCGGCGCGGGCAUGCAGCCGGGGAGUGCCGGAGACCAGCUAACCGGGGCUGCCGCCCGGGGAGAUAUAUCCGAAGUGCGGCGCCUUCUGCAUCAGGAGCUGGUAGAUCCUAACUCGCACAACCGCUUUGGCAAGACUGCGCUGCAGGUAAUGAUGUUUGGUAAUGUCUUGGUGGCACAGGAGCUGCUGAAGCAAGGUGCUAACCCUAAUAUCCAGGAUGAGUCAGGCACAGCGCCUGCCCACGACGCUGCCCGCACUGGCUUCCUUGACACCCUGAAAAUCUUGGUGGAACACGGCACUGAUGUCAAUGUACCUGAUGCUUCCGGCUCGCUGCCCCUCCACAUUGCCAUUAGGGAAGGUCACACUGAGGUGGUACACUUCCUGGUAUCUCAGUCCAAGCUGCACCACCAAGACUCUGAUGGGCGGACACCGCUGGAGCUAGCACAGUAUCUGGGGCUUACACACAUCCAGGGCAUCCUUGAGAAGCACCUCUCUGCCCCAGCUUAACCAAAGGAGGCGGCCACCUUCCCCUGGCAAAGAGAGAUGGAUCAGCGCUGAGCCAGCUCCUCUCUGUAUACUUAGGCCUCCUUCUCCAAAGACUCUCCCUUCAUUCCCAGGGCCCUGGAACAAAGGCAGCUCCUCCUGCCCUACCUCAGUGUGUGUUUAAUUAUCUUUGCUGUUGUUGUUAUUUAUAUGUAUUUUAUGAGUUCUCUUCUGUGUUUCUGAUCUUCUCCUAAUCCUGCCAGAUCCCUGGGCUCCAAAUGGCCCUUGUGCCAUCCUACACUCAGCUUUGGCCAGUGUGCCUUAACUGUCUCUAAUUACCAUUUCCCACUUCUUGCCUUGGGCAGCUCCCAGCCACUGAUGUAAGUAUUUUCUGACAGCCUUCAGAUGGGAUGGGGUGUUUCUGAUGCAAAGAGUAUCCAUGAAAGCAUUGCUAGGCUGGGGCCUUUGCUUCUCCCCUCUUCCUCUCCCCCCCCCAUACACAAGGAAUCCCACCCUUUUGGGGAAACACUUGGUAUUUUGCCUUCAGGGACAUCUCUCUGUAACCCUUUUUUUCUCCAUCUUUUUCUGUGGAGGGUUAUAUUGUAAUUCUCCAGUGGGUUGCACUUAUUUCUUUAUGUGCCAGGAAAGCAUGUCAAGGUGCAUGAGCUGGUUACUCCAGCAUCAGCAAUAAAAGAACAAGGUGUUGGGGAAGGAAGGUAGCUCUGAACAGAAGAUUUUGCUAUGAGUAGUAUUCCUUUUUCAGUGUUUGGCCCAACUUCCUUUGCCGAGUAUGGGAUCCAGCAUCUAACUGCACAAGUUUCUAUUCCCAAAAAGAUCCCCAUCCACCCUGCAAUCUCUCCCUAAUUUCUGUAUGGUCUUCUCAGGGGAUCUUAUGGUCCCUUAACUAUUAGUAACUUUCAACAUCAGCCUUUUAAUAGUUACCUUCUGUUAUCUAUGACUAAAAUGUUUAAGGUUUGUUUUGGCAGCUUGUUCCCUGUAAUAAAUUUGUGGAUCUGAGCUGUGUAUAUAGUAGAUUUUAAAGUAGGGGAAAUUUAUUCUAUUUAUUGUGAUUUACAAGGAUUUGUUUUAUGGAAUGAUUAAUUUAAUUAUUAAAAACAUUAAAUCCAUUU